AUGGAUUAAAUCAUGAAUAAUAUUGGAAUAAAGUGCAUGGUAAAGGUAACUUACUUAUGGUAUUUAAAUCCAAAAGUGAUUAUAUCUUUGGAGCAUACUCUCCUUGUAAAUGGGAAUCAAGUUAUUGUAGAUGGGUAGAAGAUGAUACAUUAUCAUCCUUAUAUUUUCAUAAACUCAUGAUUAAGUUUAUCCUUUGAAGUAAGAUUAAAAAUAAUAUGCUAUUUUUUGUUAUUCAGGUAAUGGAUAUGGACCUGUAUUUGGAGGUGGACAUGGAGGUGGACAUGAUAUUAAAAUAGAUAGUAAUUUUACUGAUGGAUAUUGUAAAUUAGGUCAUUCAUAUUAAUUUAGUUAAUACAAGAAUUAAAAUGAUGAUCCAUAUUUAUUUGGAUAAAAUAAGCCAGAAAUAAAAGAAUGUGAGAUAUAUGAAUUAUAAUUUGUUUGA